AUGCUCUCAGCAAGAUUUGCAAGAUCACUUCCUCGCGCCACCUCAGCACUCUCACGCCCUGCCGCUAUCAGACCACACCUAGCAUCGAGCUUUGCUCGGUUUCAGUCCACAGGAAGUGAGGAAAAGGUUAAAGGUCAAGUCAUAGGGAUAGAUCUGGGCACUACCAACUCUGCCGUCGCGAUUCUCGAAGGCAAAACCCCUAAGAUAAUAGAGAAUUCCGAAGGUUCAAGGACCACACCAUCCACCGUUGCUUUCUCACAAGAUGAGCGUCUUGUUGGUAUAUCCGCGAAGCGUCAGGCAGUUGUAAAUCCAGAAAACACACUCUUCGCCACGAAACGUUUAAUAGGUCGUAAAUUUACCGAUGCGGAAGUCCAACGAGACAUCAAGCAGGUCCCAUACAAGAUUGUACAGCAUACGAAUGGCGAUGCUUGGGUCGAAGCUCGAGGCCAGAAGUAUUCUCCUUCACAAAUCGGAGGCUUCGUCCUUCAGAAAAUGAAGGAGACCGCCGAGGCACAUUUGAGCAAAAACAUAAAGAAUGGGGUUGUGACUGUGCCGGCUUAUUUCAAUGACUCGCAACGUCAAGCCACUAAAGAUGCAGGGCAAAUCGCAGGCUUAAAUGUUCUCCGCGUGGUGAACGAACCGACAGCCGCAGCGCUAGCAUAUGGACUAGAGAAAGAAGAGGACAGAAUCAUUGCCGUCUUUGAUCUUGGCGGUGGUACAUUUGAUAUUUCUAUCUUAGAGAUUCAAAAGGGUGUGUUCGAAGUCAAGUCUACAAACGGCGACACACAUCUUGGAGGAGAAGAUUUUGAUAUCAGUCUUGUACGGCAUUUGGUCGAACAAUUUAAGAAAGAUUCUGGCAUCGAUCUGUCGAGUGAUCGGAUGGCUAUUCAGCGCAUUCGAGAGGCGGCAGAAAAAGCUAAGAUGGAGCUUUCGUCCAGCCUACAAACUGACAUUAAUCUACCAUAUAUCACCGCCGACGCUUCUGGCCCCAAGCAUAUCAAUCAGAAGUUGUCGCGGUCGCAGCUGGAGAAACUCGUCGAGCCGUUAGUGAAUAGGACAAUCGAUCCUGUGCGAAAAGCUCUGAAGGACGCAAACCUCCAGGCUAAAGAGAUCCAAGAGGUCAUUCUCGUCGGUGGUAUGACACGUAUGCCAAAGGUGACAGACACUGUCAAGAGUAUCUUUGGUCGCGAGCCUGCGAAAUCUGUCAACCCUGACGAAGCCGUCGCCAUUGGCGCAGCGAUACAGGGCGCUGUUCUGGCUGGCGAGGUCAUGGAUGUUCUGUUGCUCGACGUUACGCCCUUAUCCCUAGGCAUCGAGACUCUUGGUGGAGUCUUUACUCGCUUGAUUAACCGAAACACGACCAUCCCGACCAAAAAGUCUCAGACCUUCUCAACUGCUGCGGAUUUCCAGACUGCUGUUGAGAUUAAGGUUUACCAGGGUGAACGUGAGCUCGUUCGCGAUAAUAAGCUACUUGGGAACUUCCAGCUCGUUGGGAUACCACCUGCACACCGAGGCGUGCCGCAGGUCGAGGUCACCUUCGACAUUGAUGCUGAUUCGAUUGUUCAUGUUCACGCAAAGGACAAAUCAACAAACAAGGAUCAAUCAAUUACAAUAGCAUCUGGCUCUGGCCUUUCGGACUCCGAAAUCCAGGGUAUGGUAGAUGACGCUGAGAAGUAUGGCGAGCAAGAUAAGGAAAGGAAAGCUGCAAUUGAGGCAGCCAACCGCGCCGACAGCGUGCUCAAUGACACGGAGAAGGCGCUUAAGGACUUUGCUGACAAAAUUGACAAAGCUGAGGCUGAUCAGCUUAAGGAGAAAAUCAACACCCUUCGCGAAUUCGUCGCUAAGAAUCAGACUGGAGAGGGCACAGCUACUGCGGCCGAGCUUAAGGAGAAGACAGAUGAGCUUCAGAUGUCCAGUCUGAAUCUCUUCGACAAAAUGCACAAGGCAAGAUCAGAGGACAAAGGUCAACCAGGACAGACGCCGCCACCGGGGGAUGCGCCACCAGAGGGGCAGGAAGGGCAACAAAGCGGUGAGACCCCACCCGAGGGCGAGAAGAAGCCAUGA